CUGCCCCACAACCCCUUCGCCAACCCCGUGGGGCCGACCUUCCCGGAGUUUGCCCAGCACGUGGCGGACACCAAGCACGACGAUGAGCACUGGCGCAGCUACACGGCACACUGCGCGCCCUGCACCCUCACCUACGACAUCGUGCUCAGACGGCCGUGUCCAUUGAAUCCGUUGGGAAAGCAGACCAUCAUCGUGACCGCCGCCCAGACCCAGACCAAGACGCAGCAGUCAUGGCCGGCCUGGAGCACCGCCACCACCACCACGGCCACCAGCACGUCCCCCGCGGCCACUUCCCGAGCCCCCUGGACGAGAAGCUGCUCAAGAUCAUCAGGGAGAACUUGACAGACUUAGAGGGCACACUAACAGAGGAGGAAAAAUGGAGACUAGAACACCUCCGGCUACACGAGAAGCACCGUGGCCACGAGGAAAUGCACGCGGAGAUGGUGCUGAUCCUGCUGUGCGUGACCAUGGUGGCACAGGUCGGCCUCGUCGCCUGGAAGAAGAAGCACUACAAGUCAUACCAGUUUGUGAGCAUGAUAGGUGUGUGGGUCAUCCCCUUCCUGCUCUGCCUCCACAACCACUGGUGGCGUUUCAUCUUCAUCUGGCUGCUCUUCUCAUCCGUCACAGUCAUCGUGGUCAAGAAGGCCCUGGAGCGACCCCUUGACCCCUCCACGCCAAGGCAGGUGUACAAGUGGUUCCUGCUGAUCUACAAGCUGUGCUGUGGGCUGGGCGUUGUGGGCUACGUCAUCAUCAUGGUCACUAUGAUGGGCUUCAACCUGCUCUUCGGCGUCAAGGCCAACGUGUGGAUGGACAGUGGUCUGCUGCUCAUCUUCUACGGCCUCUACUACGGCGUGCUGGGCCGCGACAUUGCCGAGGUCUGCGCCGAUAAGAUGGCGUCGCACAUUGGGUACUACACCCCACACGGCAUGCCCACGCGCACACUGGAGCCGGGUGUGUGUGCGGUGUGCGGCAACCCCCAGCUGGUGCCAGAGGGGGAGGAGGGCAUCAUUGAGAACACCUACCGCCUCUCCUGUGGCCACACCUUCCACGAGUUCUGCAUCCGCGGCUGGUGCAUUGUGGGCAAGAAGCAGACCUGUCCGUACUGCAAGGAGAAGGUGGACCUCAAGAAGAUGUUCUGCAACCCCUGGGAGAAGCCGCAUGUGUUCUAUGGUCAGCUCUUGGACUGGGUGCGGCUGCUGGUGGCGUGGCAGCCGGCCAUCAUCCUCCUGGUCCAAGGCAUCAACAACUACCUCGGACUUCAGUAGUGGCUCCCCCCUGCCGUGACACAUCCCACCCUGCCUGUUCCUGCUCACUCUACCCCUGUUCCCUUUCACCUUGCUCCUGUUUGUGUCUCCUUCUACCCUCCUAACCUGACUUAACUUAACCUAACCCUGCCUGUUCCUGCCCCCUCUAUCCCUGUUCCCUUU